GUGGAACCUCCUGCCCUCGUGCGUCUGUCGCUAGGGACGCUUCGGCCGGGGCAACCGCAAUGGAUAUGCAAGACGGCUUGCCGGCUGUGGACAAUAUAGUCACUCAGUUCAACACCUAUGAAGACUUCCUCGACUCGCAGAUCACUACGGUAGACUUGUAUUACCUGGAGGAUGAAGUCCUGGCCCGCCAGUUGGUGGAGCUCGGCUACCGGGGGACUGGAGAGGUGAUUAAAAGGGAGGAUUUUGAAGCAAGGAAGAAAUCUAUUGAGAUUGCAAGGCUGGCUGAAAGGACUCAGAAAAAAACAUUAACAAGUACUGGUAAAGAUCUGCAAGAUAAUUUUCUGAAGGCUCUGGAAGUGAGAGAAGAAGACAACCGUAAUGGAAAAUUGAGUUCUGUGAUCUUUAUUCGUGACAGAAAUUCUCAUGGACAAGAGAUAUCAGGAUAUAUUGACUACUCCCACAGACUAAAGACAGAAGAUUUUGAAGUUUACUUUAGUAGUAAAAAAAGACUUCUUCCAAAAGCCACAGAUCUGAGCUUUUACAACUGGGACAGUCAGAUUGCUGUUUGGAAUUCAACUCCCAAUUAUCAAGUGAUUGCGGAUAAUCCAGAAGGCUUACUUUUCAAAUACAAAAGAUAUAGAAAAAUUCUCAAUGUGGACCCAAAGGCUGAUCCAGGUGACAACUCUACCAGAACCUCUAUCCAGACAGACCUCUACUUACAAGCUGUCAUUUUUGACCACAUUUCCAGAAGAAAGACUUAGUUAUCAACAUGUUAUAUGGUUCCUUAAUUGCAUGCUAAAUUAAAAUUAAUCCUACUGUGUAAUACCAGAAACAAAUUAGAAUACUAAAUGAGUUCUGCAACUGAAAGGCAGUAAAAGUUAAUAAAGAAAUUAGAAAGAAAACUAUAAUCAGGACUUUUUUUUU